GGGGCUUGGGCUGCUAUUGCACAGUUAUAGUUGUCACUCACAGUUAUGAUCACUUCCUGUGGAAGAAUGAAAGGACACGCCCACCUCUCAUUUCUGCCUAGACACGGAGAAGAGAGACUCUCUCUGCAUCUCUGAUGUAAUUACAUUUGUAAGAGGCUGUCUGCCUCUAUCCUCUCCUCUGGAUAACUUUUUCCCUUUAUCCUCAACCCCACAAAAAUGCAUGCCCGUUUGGUCUCUGAUCUGCAAGCACAUGUUAGACGUUAUGGAUGGCGUUGUGUGUGUGCUCCUCACCGUGCAGCAUCUACUGAGGUACAGCCAUUGCCUCCUCGAGCCCAAGUGGUCAUCUGUGGAGGAGGAAUUAUGGGUGCAUCAGUUGCAUAUCAUCUCUCCAAGCUAGGCUGGCAUGAUGUCUUGUUGUUGGAGCAAGGAAGGUUGUCUGCUGGCUCUACCCGGUUUUGUGCUGGAAUGGUAAGCACAAUCAAGCACAUUUCAAUAGAAACAGAGAUGGCUGACUACUCGAAUAAACUUUAUCAACAGCUGGAAGGAGAAACAGGAGUUGCCACAGGCUACAAAAAAACGGGUUCCAUAACACUGGCUCAGACACAAGAUCGCUUGAUAUCACUGAAACGCAUUGUGUCCAGGCUAAGAAUGAAGGGUAUCCCCUGUGAGAUAAUUACUCCAAAACAUGUUGCAGAACUCCAUCCUCUGAUUAACAUUCAUGACCUGGUAGGGGCUAUGUAUGUACCUGAUGAUGCUGUGGUGUCAACUGCAGAUGUGACCCUAGCAUUGGUGAAUGCUGCACAACAAAAAGGGCUCAAAGUUCAUGAACAUACAACAGUCAACCAUGUGUUGGUGGAGAAAGGUCAUGUGAGUGGAGUAGACACAGACCGGGGACAGGUGGAGUGUGAAUACUUUGUCAACUGUGCAGGGCAGUGGGCCUACGAGCUGGGCUUGUCUAAUGAGUCACCUGUCAGCAUUCCCCUUCAUGCCUGUGAACACUUCUACCUUCUGACCCAGCCUUUGCAGUCUCCUCUACAAGAUACAACUCCAACUGUUGUGGAUCCAGAUGGGAGGAUAUACAUCCGCAACUGGCAGGGGGGAAUCCUUUCCGGCGGGUUUGAGAAGAAUCCCAAGCCCAUUUUCACAGAGGGUCGAAACCAGCUGGAGAUCCAGAACCUACAUGAGGACUGGGAUCACUUUGAGCCUCUGCUUACUGCUUUGCUACGGCGGAUGCCAUCUCUGGAGCAGCUGGAAAUCCUGCGACUGGUCAACUGCCCUGAAGCAUUCACCCCUGAUAUGCGUUGUGUGAUGGGAGAGAGCCCCACACUGCUGCAUUAUUUCACCCUUGCUGGCAUGAAUUCUCAAGGGUGCUCUUUGGGUGGGGGUGCUGGCAAAUUUCUUGCUGAGUGGAUGGUCUAUGGCUAUCCCCUAGAUAAUGUGUGGCCUUUGGACAUAAAGCGAUUUGGGGCUUUGCAGAGCAGCCGCACCUUCCUGAGGCAUCGAGUCAUGGAGGUUAUGCCUUUGAUCUAUGACCUGAAGGUACCACGCUGGGACUUUCAAACAGGACGUCAGCUUCGGACAUCUCCGCUCUAUGAUCGGUUGGAUACACAGGGGGCACGGUGGAUGGAAAAGCAUGGGUUUGAGAGGGCAAAGUACUUUGUACCUCCUGGGAAAGAUUUGUUGGCACUUGAUCAGAGCAAGACCUUCUAUAAACCUGACUGGUUUGAUAUUGUGGGUUCAGAGGUGAAGUGCUGUAAAGAAGCCGUGUGUGUCAUAGACAUGUCCUCUUUCACUAAAUUCGAGAUAAGUUCCCCUGGGGAUCAGGCUCUGGAAACUCUGCAGUACCUUUUCUCCAAUGACCUUGAUGUUCCUGUGGGACACAUUGUUCAUACUGGGAUGCUCAAUGAGGGAGGAGGAUAUGAAAACGACUGCAGCAUUGUGCGGAUAAAUAAGCGCAGUUUCUUCAUGAUUUCCCCUACAGAUCAGCAGGUCCACUGUUGGUCCUGGCUGCGGGAGCACAUGCCCAGUAGCAGUGAUUUAUUCCUUGAGGAUGUGACCUGGAAAUAUACAGCUCUUAACCUAAUUGGCCCCCGUGCUGUUGAUGUGCUCUCUGAAUUAUCCUACGCUCCGAUGACUCCCGAACAUUUUCCAUCUUUGUUCUGCAAGGAAAUGAGUGUGGGAUAUGCCAAUGGGAUCCGCGUUAUGAGUAUGACGCAUACUGGAGAACCUGGUUUCACUUUGUACAUCCCUAUUGAGUAUGCUCUACAUGUUUAUAAUGAACUCAUGAGUGUUGGGCAGAAGUAUGGAAUCCGAAAUGCAGGUUAUUAUGCCCUGAGAAGUCUGCGCAUUGAGAAAUUCUUUGCCUUCUGGGGCCAGGACCUGGAUGCCUUCACAACCCCACUGGAAUGUGGGCGAGAGUUCAGGGUCAAGCUAGAUAAGGGCUAUGAUUUCAUAGGCCGGGAGGCCUUGUUAAAACAGCGCAAAGAAGGGAUUUUCAAACGCUUCACCAUGUUUAUUCUGGAGGACCAUGAUACAGACCUAGACUUGUGGCCUUGGUGGGGUGAGCCAAUCUAUCGCAAUGGGGAGCAUGUGGGCAAGACCACUAGCAGUGCAUACAGCUAUACACUUGGCAGGCACGUCUGCCUGGGCUUUAUACAUAGUAACCAGCAACCUAUUACUCCUGAGUUUAUUAAUAGAGGAGAAUAUCACAUUGAUAUCGCGGGCCAGAGAUUUAAGGCCAAAGCCAAACUGUAUCCAUUCAGUUCUCUCUUCACUUUGAGACGCAGGAAAGAUGAAAUGGAUAUUGGAUUUUAAUGCAAGCGCUCUGAGACCCUGAGAAAAGGACAAACACAAUAUAUAAAAUGGGUGGGGUAUCCACUGAUGUCACAUAAAAGGACAAUAACUGGUGACAUUCAAGGAAAGGAGAAAAUGUUAAGGAAAUAUUCUAAUAUAAUGGGCUGAGUGCUAAGUCAGAUAUCGAGCUUGGCCAUAAAAAAUAAAUUUAACAACAGUCCCGAAGCCUCCAUUUAUAGUAGAUACAGUGAACUAGAUACGUUCAAUCCAGGGACAGGAAAUAUGCAGAAACAAGCUUUGGAUUACUGGAGAAGAAGAACAUCCAGGGCUGAACUCAUGCAAAGAAUAUGGCCUUAGCAAAGAAAGGCAAAUCAUAUUCCACCUCUGGGUUUUGUAGGAUCUGCAGGUAACAAAUGAGUUAACCAAGGCUUCCAAUCCACUAUCCAAUAUCCAGAGCUAACGAGCAACUGAAAUCUCUAUGCACAUCAUUACAAUAAACUUGCUAGUAAUGUAGCUUUUUUUGGGAAAAGUCUUUUCGCUCCAGUUCUUGAUUUAGUUAAAUUGUUAUUCCUAUUUAGAUUUUUAUUGAAAGGCAUGUGCGCUGCUCUCUUCCUAAGAAACCCCACAACAGGACGGUGAAAUGGAUACAUGGAAAUAGUAGACACACUGGCUUUCUUAUUCAUUUUUUUUAGUGGAUUCUAUAACUGUGCAGGCAAAUUCCCUCAUACCAGAAGGACAUAAUAUCUGUAUCUUGAACCCUAUAUGAAGUAUGUCUCCUUGUGGACAUUGUCUAACAUUAUUGUGGGCAUGGUUGGGUUAGAGGAACCAGUAAUGGAUGGAGAGGUGCAUAUGGGACAAAGUUAAAACACACUAAGAACAGUGUUCUUAUUUAUGAUGUCCUGCAUAAGUAGCAAAUAUUUAGUGAGCCUUUAUAUCUCAAUUGGGCAAGACAAUGCAAGUCAUUUAUUGUCAAGAAAUGUAAUAUUAUUUUUAUCAUUUUUAAAUAACCUCUUUAUUUUACACUGUGAGGAGAUUAACAAUUCAUAGGACUAUAUCAGAAGCCUUUGAAACAUACAUGCAUUCUAAACACUAGUUAGGAUUACAUAAAAGUACAAGUGAACUACAAUGUGGGUGCACAUUUAUUUACAAUAAAUCCAGUUUACUUUGUUAGCAGAACAUAAAAUGAGUCUUACAUACUGUUUAUUCUUUUAAUUAAAAAUAACAAACACUGUGUCAUUGUUUGCCAUGUCUACCUUUCCCUUUAGUCAUGAGACUUUGUUUUAAAGAAAUUGUUCAGUAUAAAAAUAACAACUGUGUAAAUAGAUAGACUGUGCAAAAUACAAAAUGUUUCUAAUAUAGUUAGUUAGCAAAAAAUUUAAUGUAUAAAGGUGAACGGAUGUCUACCAUAACAGAAUACUACUUCCUGCUUUUCUGCUCUCUUGGUUUCCUUGAGGAAUCUGAACUGCAUGCUAAGGAUCAAUUGCAAACUCGCUUAACAAUUAUGUCCCAUAUGGCCCCCCUUAUGGUUGCUGACUAACUCAGAGUUAAAGAGCUGAAAAGCAGGAAGUAGUGUUCUGGCUAUUAUGUUAGACAUCCAGUCACUCCAGACUUUAUACAUUACAUUUUUGGCUAACUAACUAUAUUAGAAACAUUUAAUAUUUUGCACAGCCUAUCUAUUUAGCCAGUUUUUAUUUUUACACUGAACUGUUCCUUUAAAGGAGAAGGAAACCCCCUGGGCGCAAAAAUCCCUCCCUCCUCCACCCUGGCCUACCUGUCUCCCCGGACAAAUGCCCCUAACUUGUUACUCACCUCUCUGCGCAGGUCCUGUCCACGGAGUUCACAGGCGCCAUCUUCUCCCAAGCGGUCAACAUUUAUUGACUGUUGACAAGUGUUAUUGGGGCUUUGGCGCAUUAGAAGAGUUAAUUUCCAUCUCUGUGGAACAACAACCACAAUCGAUACUCCAUGAACCAACAGCAUUUUAUCGUAAAGCUCAAUGCUGUCCAAUAUUUUCCCAUAGUGAAGCUAGAUUAUUAUAAUAUGUCAGUUAAAGAUGUCUUAGGAGACCAUAAAUAUCUCUUAAAAGGCCACAUCCAGCCCACAGGUUUCUAGUUAGUCCUGUUUCAUCUAAUGGCAAGUAUGUUAUGUGUGUAUUUGUGUAAGAAUGACAACACAACACUUUUGUUUUCUCCAGUCAUACUUGGAUAAUGUGCUUUCCCAUUGGCUCGAAAGGGAAUCUGCUAAAUUUGGUAUGAAAUAUUUUGAUCUCAACAGUUUACCCUUUGACAACCACUGCAAUUAAAACACCACGUCCACCACUGCCCUUAUAUGUUGCCAAUUGGAUUACCACUGCAAUGGGUUUUGUUUUUUAUAACCAAUAGCGGAGUGUUCUGCACAACUCGGUUGUUCUGCUCUCCAGUUUGUUCUGACAGUAUUUUAGAAUAAUAUACAGUUUUUCUGUUAGGCGGAGAUCAGGAAACGCACAACUUGUAAUGAAAGAUGGAAUUAAACGUAGACCGAUGUUUAUAUGACUUUUUUUUGCUAUUGUAUAUAUGACAAUAAAAUCAUUGUACAUGA